AUGACAUUGUCGAAACACCAUGUAACUAAGAUACGCAUUUGCCAACUUGCAUCCAUAAUCUGCUUCAUCUUGUACAGCUACAUCGAAUUUUACACAAGUACUAAAAUCGAAAUCAUGUCACAAGUUGCAUCAGGCAUGUCCCCCGGGACAUUCACGACGCCCUCGAGUCCACUGCGGUGGCUCAUCACCGGCUGCUCCUCUGGUCUCGGCCUCGCCCUCGCACGGUACGCCCAGUCGCAGGGCCACUACGUUAUUACCACAUCGCGCAGCCCCUCCAAGACGCCUGAGCUUGCCGCCGAGAUUGAGCGUGACGGCAAAAAACACGGGCGGUGGGUGCAGCUCGACGUCACAGACCCAGACAGCGGCGCCGUCAUCAAGAUGCUCGAAGAGGAAGACGGUCUGCCAAUUGACGUGCUGGUGAGCAAUGCGGCCGCGUCGGUGCAUACCGUCGUCGAGGCAUUUACAGAAGACGAGGUCCAGAAGCAGAUGGAGGUGCUGUACUUGGGGCCGUUUCGACUGAUUCGCGCCGCGGUGCCGUACAUGCGCCGACGGCGAUUCGGCAUCAUGGUCAACAUAAGUACCGGUGCGGCCCUCGAGGGCCGAGAGAGCAUGGGGACGUAUGCCUCUGGCAAGGCGGCGACCGAUGCCAUGAUCAAGGUGCUGGCCAAAGAAGUGGCCGAGUUCAACAUUCGCACGCUGACUGUGCAUCUCGGCUCCUUCAACACCAACAUGCCGACGGCCGCGGCACCAAACCAUCAACGUCAUGCAGGAUGGGCCAUUUGUGCCGCGCGGGGACAAGGACAAGGCGGCUCGCCAGAUAUUUGA